AUGGGAGAGUUUGUCCCCAGGGAGGUCGAGAGGCAGGUGGGCGCCUGGCAGGACGAGGCCCGGGAGCAGCUUCGUCGCAUCCUCGAGCGACUUGACCGUUUGGAGGGGCGGCGCUCAGGGCAGUCAGGCCAGCAGCAGCGAGGCAGGACCAGGACUAGGGAGGUUACGGGUGACGGACGCCUGGAGUCCGUCUCUCCUGUCCGUAGCCGCACUCCGCAGGGCCGACAGGGCAGCCGCUCACAGCCUACUCAGGGAGCGGGUGCACAGACUGCAGGUACACAGGGUGCAGCAGGACAGCCUUCCCAGGGUCAGGGAGCAGCCACCACGACCCAGCAGCGCCCAGUGACACAGACCCAGGGGCAGCAGCAGCAGGGUCAGGGGCAGCAGCAGGGUCAGGGGCAGCAGCAGCAGGGUCAGCAGCAGCAGCGGCAGCAGCAGCAGCAGCAGCAAGCAGCAGCAGCAGCAGACCCAGCAGCAGCAGACCGGGACCACACGGUCCCUCGUACUUUCCCUUUUCUGGCGCACCUGCGCAGCAGCAGUUCUACCAGCAGCCUUUUUUUGGGGCCUUCUUUCCAGCAGCAGCAGUUUGGAGCACCCCUCCGGCAGCAGCAGUUUGGAGCACCUCCUCCGACCCCCCACAGCCCCCCCUGCCACAGCAGCCUCCACAGGGAGGUGGCGGACAAGCUAACUAACGUGGCUGUCCACAACCUUUCGCGCAGGCAGUUGUCAGAGGAUGAGCUUGCAGGCCUCGCCCUUGGCCUCAAGUUCAUCCCGACACCACCCUCCUUAGACCAGGAGCAGCUGAGACAGGCGGUGGAGCAGUUUCAGAGGAGGGUCAGGCUGGCUUGGCAGUUCCGGGACAGUCGCAGACCAGUACCCAGGUUCAGAGUCCCACGUCCCAGCUGGCAGCCGAGUUCGGGACCAGAGGAGGUUGAGGAGUACCUGGCCGGGGUAGCUGACAGGGUAGAGGGUUUGUCGGAGCUGAUAGGGGGGCCAGCGCGGCCCAACGUGAGCAGGAGGGUGUUGGGCGCGCUGCAGAGGUUGAGUCGGGACCGGUCUAUAGUUAUUAAACCGGCCGACAAAAACCUUGGGAUUGCGGUGUUAGACAGGGAGUGGUACGAGGGGGAGGCGCUGAGGCAGCUGGGGGACAGGGCGGUUUACGAGCCGGUGGCUAUGGUGCCGUUGCAGAGACUUUGGGGGCAGUUGUGUCGGUGGGCAGAGCAGGCACGCCUGGCAGGGUUGCCGUCGCAGGUGUUAGACUUUAUCCUGCAGCCACGCACUCCGUGUUUGGAGCGGGCUACCAGAGCUUGGGAGCGGUUUCGGGUGUGCAGAUUCUACUUGCUACCGAAGCUGCACAAGACUCCAGUAGCCGGCAGGCCUAUCUGCUCGUCCACGCUCUGGGUUUUUGAGCAUGCAUCGGCAGUCUUAGACCACUACCUCCGCCCUUUACUACGGUUUUCACCCUCGCACCUUCCAGACUCACUUGCACUUUUGCACCAGCUAGAGGACCUUCGUGUGCCAGCAGAGGCUCUCUUCCUGACCUACGACGUUGAGAGCCUCUACCCAUCGAUCCCUAUCGACGCAGGUAUCAGCUGCAUCGAGAGGUGGUUGCUUCGGUGGGCAGCACAGGGGAGGAUUGCAAGGGGGGUAGCAGACACACUGGUGCAGCUGUUGGGGUUGGUCAUGAGGCAGAACCACCUCGAGUUUGGUGGUCGUUUUUGGCGGCAGGUUCGGGGGACUGCUAUGGGCACGCCUGUAGCAGUGAUCUACGCGGUUCUGUUCAUGGCUUGGUUAGACGAGAGGUUGCUAGAGACAGAGCCCGAGUUGUCGCAGCACGUCCUUCUCCACCGCAGGUUCAUAGACGACGGGGUGGUGGUUUGGACGGGGACACGGGAGCGGCUGCUGGAGUGGGUGGGGGCGUUUGGUGGGUUGGAGCAGACUAUUCGACUGACCCACGAGAUCUCCACCUCACAGUUCACCUUGCUGGAUAUCACGUUCAGCAAGGGAGAGCUCUGGCAGACGACGGCUAUCUUGGACACCACGACCUUCCAGAAGCCGCUCAACGUGUACCAGUACUUUCCUUUCUCCUCCGCGCACCCCUCUCACUGCAAGAGGGGCUUCAUCUUGGGUGAGCUGCAGCGGUACAUUCUGAGGGAGUCCAGUUCUCGAGGGUUUAGGAGUAUCAGGUCGGCCUUCUACGCUCGGCUGCGGGCGCGGGGGUACCCAGACACUUUCUUGCAGCCGAUCUUCAGCAGCAUCUCCUACGCACGACGCCCGGAGCUUCUUGCCAGGUCACGGGCUCGGGGGGAGGGGGAGCAGGAGGCGCAGCAGCGGGUUCUCCCUCUUGUUCUCGACUUCCACCCGAGUGUGCAGCAGGUCCGCUGGGGUAGGUUGCUGGCCUUCCCUCCAGAGGCACCAGCGUUUGAGCAGCUUUCUCACUACAGGGCACCUUUCGUGUCCUACAGGGCACCUCCGUCGCUCCGACAGCUACUCGUGCGAGCGUCGUUCAGGUGA